UCACAAACCAAACUACACACAAUAUCUCUCUCCAAGAACAUAAACAAGAGAAAUAAUUCAAGAAAUCAACAAUGGAGAAUCUAAGAAAUGGCGAAGAAGGCGACUCUCAUCAGAUCCCGUUUAUGUUAUUUGAUCAAUCUUCAGUAACGGCUCCUCUCUUGAAGUGUCUUGGUCUAGAAAGUUCUUCAUCCUCAUCUUCUGGCUCUUCUUUGUCAUCUCACAACGAGGAAGAAGAAGAUAUCGAGAUGAAAGAGGAUGAAGAUGAUAUGACCGUUGAGAUCACAGAGCGGAGGUUGCAAAAGAGUAAGCCUAGGCCUAAGCCGAAGCCAAGCCCAGGAAAAGGUGGCAAAGUCAACUAGGAUUCAUGUAAAACAUAUACGUUUAUACUAUAGUCAUCUUUUAAUAUAAUAUACAAACACACACAAAAGUAAACUAAAGUAAAUGCAAAUGUAUACAGACAAAAGCUCUGAUAUGAUAGUACUUAUGUAGUCAUGUGUUUUGAAUGUGAAUCUGACAAUAAGAUCAAGUUUAGAGUUUA